CAAUCGCAGGGAGAAACCCUUGCUCUGAGUGGUAGUUUUUGACCGGAUGCUCUGCCUGGACCUCUGCUUGUCUGUCCUUUGGAUCUCCCGCCGGCUUGAGCCUUUUACAGAAGCUGCGAAUGCCGGCUAAGAGAGGCAACAUGAUCGACUACGAGCGUCCCUCUCCAUUAGGCUUCGGGCCGGCUGGGAGGAGUGUGUUGGUUCCUGAACUCCUGGCACACACAUACACACACACACUGACGGCCAUGCCUCAAAGAUACUCCCACCAGAGGAGGAAAGCCAGCACGGCGGCUGCUCGGAGGAUGGAGAGGAGACACAGGGACCAGGGGAAAAGCAACAACAACAACCCCACCGGCAGCCACAACCACCGCUCCAAGAAGCUGGCCAUGCUCUCCAGGUCCCUGAUCUUGUGUCACUCUAAGACUAAUGAUGACGGUGUAGAAGACAGGAAUGCUGGGGAAGUGGCAGACGGAUGCCGGGUGCGGGGUCCGAGCUGGAGGACACUCGCAACUGCGGCGGUUCAAACAGGGUGCAGGGAUACAGAGAGCGGACACUGCAGGGCGACCCGGCACUCUGCCCCUGAGAAAAGAGGAGGCAGCAAGGCAGAAAUUCAGCUUCAUCACACCGCCACACUCAGGGAGAAUAAAAGAGGCAUAAGGAGGUCCUUCAGCAUCAAGCAGAGCAGUAUCUGGAGGAUGUGUGUAGCCACAGGGCCUGCUGAGGAGGUGUGCGGACCACAAAUGGCCGACAACAGCGUCCAGACAGAGGACAAAGACCCCCAUGUGGAGCCAGGGAGGAAUGGAGGGAACCUACACAGAGGCUGCAGCUUCCCGAGCCCAGACAAGCUGGCUCCCUUUAACGGACACUUCCUAAGUGGCCGUGCCUGGAUGGAGGGGGAUGCGGCGAGGGGUGUGCACAUUAAAGCCUAUAGUGAGGACAUUUCUACACACGAAGAAGACACCCUGCAUUCGCCGAGUCUGACUACAAGCCCACAGCACCCGACUCUCAUCUCCCCAUCCGACCCUCUGUCGCUGCCUGGAUACACAGAUGAAGAACUCACAGCCAACAACAACCACCUCAAGUUACCCAUCCCAGAGGUCAACGAGGAGAAAUGCUGGGGAACAGAGAAGACUGAGCAGAGCCCACCAGGACAGCCGGCCGGCAACAGGACACGGUCCAAUUCAACCAGCGUUCAGCCGUACUGGAUCGGGGAUCUGGACAGCAUCAUCAUGAAGACCCCUGAGCUGUACACCAGUCAUCCCCCAGGGGGUGGGGGUUUAUUUGGAAACAGGAAGUCCCUUUCCCAGCAGCUGGAGUUUGCUCACACCAACACUCAGCCUGUGCACCGUCCCUCGCGCUCCCUCAGCUCUGCCCAGCUGGUUCAUUCCUGCAGCAGCAUGCAACAAGCCUUCAUAAUCUGCAAUGUAGUGUUGAUGAAGGGCCACGGCAAGGGUCUAGGCUUCAGCAUCGUGGGUGGGAGGGACAGCAUGUAUGGACCAAUGGGGAUCUACGUGAAGACCAUUUUCCCUGGAGGGGCGGCCAAUGCCGAUGGAAGGCUGCAGGAGGGUGACGAGGUCCUGGAGCUGAACGGGGAGUCUCUGCAUGGUUUGACUCAUGACGAAGCCCUGCACAAGUUCAAACAAAUCAAAAAGGGCCUGCUGACUCUCGUGGUGAGGACCAGCCUGCGCGUGGGGGCCCUAUGUGGGCAAGUGCAGGUGGCCCAGCUGUGCAGGUCGCGCUCCCUCAGCUCCACCACAGGCAUGGCCAGGGUCAGUGCCGACAUGGGCGACUACAACUACCUGAGCAGCUGCAGCAACACACUGAGUGGCCCGGGUCAGCCUGCUAAACCGAGAGACCGAAUCAUGAUGGAGAUCGCCCUGCACAAAGAGGCUGGUGUUGGUCUGGGUAUUGGACUGUGCUGUGUUCCAUCUGGAGACGGAUGCCCCGGGAUCUACAUCCACACCCUCUCUCCGGGAUCUGUGGCACACAUGGACAGUCGCCUCCGGUGCGGUGAUGAAAUCAUGGAGAUCAACGACACAGUGGUUUACAACAUGGCCCUGAAUGACGUCUACACGGUCCUGAGCCAGUGCUUACCGGGCCCAGUCCACAUCAUCAUCAGUCGCCACCCUGACCCCAAAGUAUCAGAGCAGCAGCUGAAUGACGCCAUCACUCUGGCAGUGGAAAACAGCAAACUGAGAAAGGACAAGAGCCAGUGGAGCAUUGAUGGCCUGCGCAGACUGGAGUCUUGCUCUCACAGUCGGCAGAGGUGUGAGCAUUGUCUGGAGAGGAGCUUCAGUCAGCUCACGGUUCGACGAGCACAGAAGACUAUGACCCGCUCCUGCAGCGACAAUGCCAACAGCCACCACUACAACCGCUGCCUCGCCAUGCACAACCUCCACAACGCGCACCAUAAACAAUCCACCCGUGUCCACAGCCUAGACACACCAAAGUCUGUAACAGACACAUGGCCGGACAACAGGCUGUCUGUGCCCAUGUAUCCCGAUGAAGACUAUAACAUCCCAUACAACUCUCCUGCUGCCAACCUCUCCAGUCAGCAGGCCCUGGAUCUGGCCCUAAGGGGCAACAAGUCUAAUUGCAGGGUACGUGCUGCUCCACGUCGGUACUGUUGGCCUCAGGAUGUGACCAGUGAGGAGGGCUAUAAUGGAGACUCCAGUGGUUCUAGCAGAGGAUCCCCAGUUAGAGACAAGGGGCCGGAGCCUUCCUCACACACCAGCUGCCAGUUCUUCAGCAGUGUAUACAAGGCCUUGCAAAAGAUCCUGAGGUUACUCUUCAGGAAUCAGGAAGGAGAACGAAUAAGGGAACAGUCAGCGGGGAGCAAAGACGAUUUCACUCAUCCAGACACUGCAUCCUGCACCGGCGACAGACAACACAUAGGGGACUCAUCAGCGGCGCUCUGCUCACAGCCAAAGCGGGGUCCUCUGAGGAGGCAGGCUCGUAUUGAACAACAUUCCCAAGAGCACCUUCAGGAUCCCUGGGUUCGCCUUUCAGACAGCUCCCCUGAAAAACUGCGCGAAACCCACUGCCAUCCAGCUGCAGACAGAACACGGCCUGUCAACAUCCAUAGCAAGCCUGCCACCAUGAGUGACGAAGAGAACCCUACCAAGCACAAUGGCACAGCCGCAGGUGUGACUUCAGAUCCUCCAUCCAACAUGACUCCGGAAAAUAUGUGUGAAACUCCAGAAUCAAAGAGGGGGCCCCCGGUGGCACCCAAGCCUGCCUGGUUUCGCCAGAGUCUGAGGAAAAUUCGAGACGAGCAGCACCACAAGAAGCAAGCUAAACCCACAGAGCAGAGGCCUGCUGUGGGUUCCACCAGAAGCUUUGCAAUCAGAUCUGCUUCGUCUGCAGCCAACCUGUCACUCAAGCAGAAGAUCCACUCAUUUGAGACUUUUUCCAGUCCAGAGGUUCCAGAGAGGGGUGGCCAAAGGAUGCCUGUGGCCCCUUCCACUUCCCUCCCUCUGAUGGAGAUGGGGCCCAGGAGUCAACCUGCCUCACUUGAAGACUGUGGGAGCAGCAAGCAUGGAAUCACCCAAGAGAUCCUGUCGAACCAGCCUGCAGGUGGUCGGGAGACAGACAAAGCCGUCUCUUCUUCACCCUCUGCUUUCACCUCCUCCAAUUCUGAAGGUUGUUGUCAAACAACGGCAAAGUCCUGUGAAGGUGAACCUCCCUCCGUCCAGAACCCCACAGAUCUCCCACCGCCUGAAUCCAACUGCGCUGAUCCGGUCUCUGGGACAAAUGAUUCUUGUUUGGCUCCAGCCAGUGACGACACAAAUGUCUCACCAUCAAAACAGGCAUCUGAGCACGAGAGAAUGGUUCUCAGCGAGGUAGUACCCCCCACGGCAUCUAUUCGAUUCAGUCAAGAUGAGAUGAGUCCUCCAGAUGGGGAUGGAGCACAUAACCAAGAAAAGCUGCUGAGUACGACUAGUGCGGGUCUACCUACAGAGAGUAACUCCCCGAGAGGCCUGGAGGAGGAGAGUUUAGGCAUAAUUCUUGCCUUCAGUAACCAGGUUUCACAAGCAUUGAUGCGCUCUCUGCCCAUGCACCCCAGCCAUGGUAACCCUCACUCCGCAAACCUGCAGGACCCCUCCUCAGUGGGUUUGACUAACCCUGUGGAGUGUGAGUCUGCCUUGGACGUCAGCGACAGAGGAUUCUCUGUCAGUUUGGCCACACUGAGAGAGUGCACCAUUGAGCGAGAGGAGGGGGGAUCUCAUGAGGAGGCAGGCGUCACCUCUGCUGGUGCUCACUCUGUCAUCGCAGCCAUCCCUUCAAACGAAAUACAGAGGAUGAUUCAGGAAGUGAAAACUCUGGACGCAGAGACACUGAAGCAACUGGGGGACAUCCAUGUUGUGAUUCUGCAUAAAGAGGAGGGGGCGGGACUGGGAUUCAGCAUCGCUGGAGGCUCUGACCUGGAGAGCAAAGCUCUUAUCGUGCACAAAGUGUUUCCCAGCGGCCUGGCAGCUCAGGAGGGCACCAUUCAAAAAGGAGACGAAGUGCUGUCUAUUAAUGGACAGACGCUGCGCGGCGUCACACAUGCGGAUGCCACCGCUGCGCUGCGCCAGGCGCGCAGUCUGAGGCUGGCCGUGGUGGUCAUCGGUAAGACAUCGGAGGGGGAAGCGGGAGAGCUGGGAGCCUGCAAGAGCGAAGGGCCCAAACCCACAGCGCAAAAUCAGGGAGCUUCCGUGAGCAUUGAGCUGCAGAAAGGAGCUGGAGGAGUUGGUUUUACUCUGGAGGGAGGAAGAGGCUCAAUCCACGGCGACAAACCUUUGCUCAUCAACAGGAUCUUUACAGGUGGGGCCGCAGAGCAGAGCGGUCUGCAGUGUGGAGAUGAGCUGCUGCAGGUGCAGGGGGUCAGCCUGCAGGACAUGACGCGGUUCGAGGCCUGGAACAUGAUCAAGGCCUUACCGGAGGGACUCAUCGUGGCGGUCAUCAGGAGGAGCCAGGGGGCGACAGAAUGAGACGCACUGACUUGCCGGGGAGCGCUACCCGCAAAGGAAAAAGAAAAAACAACAAUAGUACCUGAGAGACACCAAUGUUGGCCUUAACGCAGUCCCCUAGACUUCAGGUAUCAGUGAGUGUGGCCCACCUUAACUAGUUAUUUUCUCAUAUCAUUCAUGGCCCUGCAGACAAUUUUGUGUCACAGGUACUAUGACCAAUCUACACACCUCACAAUCAGUAUUUUUUUUUUACUUUCAUCUGAGCAUGGUUCCAAUGAUAGCUCUGAGCCAGGGCCAGGGUCAUGCUGUCAAGCAUAGAUUGUCUAUAAAGAAUGGACGACGCGUGUCCACUUCCAUUCAUCGUACAAAACUGAGCAAAAAACAUCUUAUGUGUUAGUGCCGCCAUCUUGUGCUUUUUGACAACAUUUGGAGCCAGAGUCCACACAUCCGUGAUCACGGCGUGGAGACCACGCGCAAGUUCGUCUCAGCUGUCAAUCGUGAUGUUACAAACUUAAACUUUGAGAACCACCUUGAAAUUAAGAAACCAUCUUUGAGAGAAAUUUAUUUCACGUGAACUUUGACAUUCCAAAUGGGUUCAUUACCUAUACUGCAGCCGGCUGGCAGGGGACGAUCCAGGAGAUUUGGCUCUACUUUUUUCGAGCUGUCAUGUCGUUCAUCUUUAUAUAUGGUCUAUGCUGUCAACUCAAUAAAUUGUGCCCACAAAUAACUAACUGUUGUCCUCGAUUCACUGUACAGUGCAAGUCCAACACAGACGAGUAGACAAGUGCGAUCUACCUCCCUCGAAUCUAACACAAGACUUCAUGAAAUCCAACGUGGCAUCACAAAGGCACAAAAACAGCCUUUUUUUUUCGCCUUAAGACGAAUGUAAGAAAUUUAAUUAUGAAACACAAUAUUUAAUAUGGAGGAAUCAACGUGCAGCUCGCAUCCAAAACACAACUGGCUGCCUGCGGCUCCACUCCUCAGUAACUGAAUUGAGGGCACACAGUAAACUAUAAUUUCAGUUCCCACUGCUACGGUAAUGUGACAGCGAGUGCUAUUGAAAGAUUAGAUUAUAUAUGAGCCUAGAAAGUGCACAUGAAAUGUUGAUUAAAAAGCCCGUUGGUGAAUAGUCUCUUCAAAAACAUAGUAUAUAGUAUUUCAUGUUUAUAUUACCAAAAAAAUAUGAGAGGUAAGAGGUAGUAAAACGUUUCUUAAAAAAAUAGUUUUUAAUUCUCUGUCCAUCUCCGUGCGAGACAACAAGCCACAAGUCAGGCCUCGUGAGCCACCUCAUGAUUAGAAGCCCUGUCUGUUGCUACCAUAGCUGUUUCACAAUUCUGUCUGAAAAUCGACAAUUUUUUUCCGUCUGAUUCGAGUCAGACAUUGGCACAAAUAUGAAGAAAAAGGGAAAAGGGACAAGUAUGGAAUCACGUGCACAUGGCUACUGCAGCGGUACUCUAUGUAUUUAGAAGCCAAUCAAACACUUCUAAGCACCCUUGUUGACUCAGUAGCUGAGUUUGUCCCUUCUUCCAUUUUACAAAGUUAUCAGUCAAACCAAACUCGGCCUGUGUUUCAACCCUAAGCGGGAUGCGAGGCAUUCUGAGCACUCAAUCCUCUCAAUAAAUGAGUUUGUGUUUAACCCUCAUGCAUCAUUAUGGACAUUAGUGUCCAUUUGUGAAAGUUUUUCCUCUUGAUCUGGCCAUCAUUUUGGCUGUGGUAGUGCAUAUGGCACUUUUUUUUGUAAGAAAGUCUCUCUCUUGAAAAAUGUUGGAAUAAAAAUUUUAAUUUUUCUAAUAGA